UUCCCAAGUUUGAGUACACAACCCCUUUCUUCUUCCUUUGUCAUUACUCCUGGAGUGACUUUCCCUCCUUCCAAAGUUCCCUCUUCUUUUCAUAAAACACACAUUUAUGAUUUGAUUAAAAUCUACCUACACAUUUUUUUUGUCAUAUCUUCUAAUCUUCCUUCCCCCUUCUCUCUCUAGACUGUCAUGCACAACUCAAAGGACUAGUCUUUCACUGUUGCAUUGUUUUGGGCACAGAGAGAAACACAGAGGUGGUCCAAUUACCACAGUCCACACUUCUAGAUGAAAGAGAAAAAACCCAUCACAUAAUAUAAGAAACACAUCAUUUUUUUGGAUGGUCAAAACUCAAAAUACCUGUUUAUUUCUUUUUCUAGCUCUGCUUCUCUCAUUUGUAUGAUUGUAUCAUUGUAUCUUGUAUGUAAUAAGUUUUGUACUGGAUAUACUACCAAUUUUCACCUCAACUCCAUAUUUUCUUUCUUCAUAAAUUUUCAAAAAUGGACCUCAACACCCCAAAAUACUAUCAACCAUCAUCUUUAUUUACAUCAUCUAAGGUGGUAUUGGAAUCAGAAGAAGGUAAAACAAAGGGAAACCCAUUUGCAGAAGCAUUGAAGAACAAUAAUGCAGACCCAAUUUGUAAGCUGAAUUUGAAAGAAACAUCAGAUUUUGUCAAGUCAUUACCAAUGAAUAACUGUAAUGGUACUCAAUCAGUUCAGAGGAGGAGGGAGAAUGUUGGAGUUAGAAAAAUGGAGGCUCCUUCAACACCAGGAAGACCUGUUUUUAGUUUUAGUGUUUCAAGAAAAAGUGUUCCUUCAAAAUGGGAAGAUGCUGAAAAAUGGCUCUUUAAUGGUGGUGGAACUGGUGCUUCUUGCCAUGAAUCUCCUGCUCAUCAUCAUCAUCAUAAUAAUAAUAAUAAUAAUAAUAAUAAUAAUCAUAAUAAUAUGAUUAAGCAAAAUGAGGGUCCAAGAAAUUCACAUUCAAAAGCAAUUUUAAAUGAAAUAAUUGCAGAAAAAUUCAGGGUUAUUGAGGAAAAAAAGAUUACAAAAGAGACACUUCCAAAGUUUAUUAAUUGCACUUCUGCUGCUUCUUUGGAGGACCACCAUCAUCAGCAAAAACUGAGUUCAUCUAUCACUUUCAAUGGGGUAAUAAUUCCUGCUGAUUUGCCUCUAAAAGACAAAUUCACAGAUGAGAUAGGUCCUUUUAGCACCAAUUGUAGAUACUCAGAACCCACAAAAGAGGCAUUUUUGUUCAAAAGUCAUAGAGCUCACAACAAUGAGGCAAUGACAGACGCUUGCACAGAAGUGAUCCCAAUUCAAGAGGUAAAACACAGAGAUAUGGGCACUGAAAUGACCCCAAUAGGCAGCAAUACAACUUCAAGGUGCCACACACCCUUUAAGAGCAUCUCCCCCGCUCGCCAUAACACUCCGGCUAGCCGCUCCGGCCUACUAGCAUUGGUGGGUCAACCCACUAUUCCAAUGGACAUGGCACAACUACAAGAGUGCCACCUUGCCAAGCUCCAGAUUGGGACAACCCAAUUCGAUUCGGUAGCGACUAAUUGGAGCUCUAGAGAAGAGGAGGAAGAGGAGAUAUCCAAGAGUUUAAGACAUUUUGAAAUUGGGAGGAGGAGUUCUGUUUCUGAGCCCAGGGUUUCUGUUUGGGAAGAAGAGGAAAUGACUAAAUUUUGUCUUAGGUAUCAAAGAGAAGAGGCCAAAAUUCAAGCAUGGGUUAAUCUACAAAAUGCCAAAGCAGAAGCUCAAUCAAAAAAACUAGAGGUGAAAAUACAAAAGAUGAGAUCAAAUUUAGAAGAGAAGUUGAUGAGAAAGAUGGCGAUCGUUAAUAGAAAAGCAGAGGAAUUGAGAGCAUCUGCCCAAGUUGAACACUCUGAGCAAAUUAGGAGAGCCGCUGAACGCUCUCAGAAGCUGAUGUUGAACCACCACCACCACCACCGAAACUCCCAUCUCUCUCCUCACAUUAUUUCAUGUGGCUGCUUCCCUUGUACUUCUAAAUAGUUAUCAUAAUAAUAAUGACCAACAUUCACACGAGGAAA